AUGUCGAAGCCUGAUACAACCCGCGCGACGGCCACCACCAGGCCUACAACCCGACGUUCAGUACCUGCACGCUCGAUGAAUCCGGGCGUCCCGAGAAGCGUCGUCGGACGUCGGCCAUCUGUAUCAGGACUUGCUCUCACCGGCAACCUGAAUCCAGUCUCAGGGCUUCCGAAAGCACAGAGAUCCUCAAAAACGACCCAGAAACUCGUAGUGCUUCCUUCGGAGCCGCAGACUAAAGCACUUCCACCACCAGAAGAAGAGGAUGAUGGCUUUCAUGACUACAAGAGUGCUGGCGAACGCAUGACCAAGGUGCAGCGGGGGAAGGCUGAUUUCAAGCGUAUCACGGCGUACUGUGUUGCGGAUGAGUUCAAGAUGAAGCUCCUCGCGACGUAUGUGAAGCGCGAACACAACGUGCAGCCGCGAGUCUUUGACGAGGCAAUGUAUCUUGCAGAAGAAGAGGGCUACCGAGGCACGUAUUUCGACUCCGCGCCAGAGGCUAGCGGCGUACCUCCCCAAGACGGCUGGAUAUCGUCGUCUCCUCCCAUUACGGGUGGGAGCGUAGUGUCUCCUCCGUCGAUGUUAUCGCCUGGAGAACCUUCCGCCGACACGAACCCAGCCCCGCCGAGGAAAAGACAAAAGCGUAGGAAAGGCAGCAAGGCUGAGGACAAGGCCGAAUAUGGCGCGAAUGGCGAAGAUUACGCGGAGGCUAUAUUCUUCACCUACGGUGUGGUCGUAUUCUUUGGGCUGACUGAACAGCAAGAAAGAGGUAUCUUGGAAGACGUGGAGGGGGCUGGCGUAAUGCGAAAGAAGUUCGUGGAGGAUGAUUGGGAGGUCGAGGAAUGCCACUAUGCGCAUGACCCGAAUAUCGCAUAUCCAAGGAUAUAUAAUGACUUCUUCACGUUCAAGACUCACUCGCAUCUUCUGAAGCUCUCCGUCGCGCAUGCCCUUGCUCAGUCCACUCUCUUAGCGCACUACGAGACGCAUGCAACGCGCAUUCUGUCCUCGCCGCGCACGGUAUCGAUUCCCCAGCAGCUCGCGUUGACCGGUGUGCUCUCGCUGCCACGGAAGGAAGCGCUCCGCCUGACCGGCCGGUUGUUCACCCUGCGCCGUGACGUCAAUCUCGUCAGCAAUGUGCUCGACGUGCCGGAACUGUUCUGGAGCGAGGCGAGCCUGAAGGCGCUGUACGACGCGGUGAGGGAGUACAUGGAGAUUGGCGGGCGUGUGCAGGUAUUGAACGAGAAACUGGCAGUGGCGGAGGAUUUGUUAGGAGCGAUACACGACCAUUUGAACAACAGCGCUAUGGAACGUAUCACAUGGAUUAUCAUCUGGUGGGCUCAUGGCGAGGUCAUUGCCAGACUGGUCGUUCACGCGACUAUGGGUAGCUCAAAAGCGAUUGCUGCCUCCACGACAUGUACGAAUGCGGCGGCUGCGCUCAGUACGCUCUCGAAGGAGGAAGCUUUGGUCAUUCUGGAGCGCAUAGCGGGUGGAGGCUCAAUGUAG